CCUUCUCUCAUCUCUCACAUACAGCUGCAGUAGAUAUUCCAACAUGAGCACUUGAACUCUCUCAUCCACAGAGUCCACAUAUGGCCUUCUAUAAAUAUGAAGCAGCUUCUGUGAACUGAACCACCUCCUUCCUCUACAGAAACACUGAUACAUCACAUUGCAGCACAGAGUGGGGACUCUGGGAGCUCUAUGCUUGCUGCAAUGGGUGGUCAUUUGAGGGACGCCUCCCUAUCUUUGUUGUUCAUCUCUCUACUCCCUUUGCUUACUGCUGCAGUGGGCACCAUGGCCGACCAACAAGCUCACGACCGGAUCACGGCGCUCCCUGGGCAACCGCCGGUUACCUUCGCCCAGUUCUCGGGGUAUGUCACAGUAAACAAGGAGCAGGGAAGAGCGCUCUUCUAUUGGCUCACCGAGGCUGCCACCGACGCUGCUAAGAAGCCGCUGGUACUCUGGCUUAAUGGAGGCCCAGGUUGCUCGUCGGUGGCUUACGGCGCCUCGGAGGAGAUCGGUCCCUUCAGGAUCAGCCGUACCUGUUCAUCUCUCUACCUCAACCAAUUCUCAUGGAACCGAGAAGCGAACCUACUGUUCUUGGAGUCGCCCGCCGGAGUCGGCUUCUCUUACACCAACACCAGCUCCGACCUCAAGACCUCCGGCGACGAGCGAACAGCUGGAGAUGCUCUCAUGUUCUUGAUCGGGUGGAUGUCGAGAUUCCCGCAAUACAAGGCUCGAGAUUUCUACAUCUCUGGAGAGAGUUAUGCUGGGCACUACGUUCCUCAACUGGCAAAAAAGGUCAUCGAUCACAACAAGGCGUCUUCGGAGCCUUUCAUCAACCUCAAAGGAAUUUUUGUAGGCAAUGCGGUGACGGACAACUACUACGACAGUCUCGGCACCGUCGCCUACUGGUGGACUCAUUCGAUGGUCUCCGACGGCACCUACCGAUCCAUCCUCUCCUCCUGCAACUUCAGCUCGACGAAGACGUCGCGGAAGUGCGACCGCGCCAUCAGCUACGCCAUGAACCACGAGUUCGGCGAUAUCGACCAGUACAGCAUCUACACCCCCUCUUGCGCCAACGCUGCAAAGCGGCGGUUGCGGUUCAAGAACACCCUGCUCCGCCGCAGCUCCUACGGCUACGACCCCUGCACCGAGAACUACGCCGAGAAGUACUACAACCGGCCCGACGUGCAGAGGGCGAUGCACGCCAACACCACGGGAAUCCCCUACCGGUGGACUGCGUGCAGCGAUGUGCUGAUCAAGACGUGGGGCGAUGCUGAGUUCUCGAUGCUGCCCACUUACAAGGAGCUGAUCGGAGCUGGCCUGAGGAUAUGGAUGUUCAGUGGUGACACCGACUCCGUCGUCCCGGUGACAGCGACGAGGUUCUCCAUCAGCCAUCUUGGGUUAAAGAUCAAGAUCCCUUGGUAUCCAUGGUAUUCAGGUCGACAGGUUGCAGGGUGGACUGAGGUAUAUGAAGGAAUGAUAUUUGCCUCAGUGAGGGGAGCAGGGCAUGAGGUGCCACUCUUCCAACCAAGGAGAGCAUUCCAACUGUUUCAGUCAUUCUUAGCUGGGAAACCACUGCCCAAGACUUAAAAGAAAGCCAUCAUCUCUCUCUCUCUCUCUCACAUUCAUUUCAUCUAAAGCAGAUGAAUGGGUGGGGUUUACAUGAAUAUAAAGGUAAAGAAAUCUUUGGAUUCCUUGGUAGGUGAUAAGUUGGAAAUCUAUAAAUUGAAUGGUGUUACAAUGUGAUUAUUGAUUAACUGGGAUCCAGAACACUCUCAUUAAGGAUAAUGGGGUUAUCA